ACACUCAACGUAGUCGACAUAUUUCACAAAAUAUUUCACUUGCAUGACUUUUUUUCGAAAUGGAGUGAUUCCUUGAGGACUUUUAAUGCGGGAAACACAACACAAUAUAAUAUAAUAUAAUUGUAUGAAAGAAAUCAUAUUAUUCUGGGAAUAUGAGUCGCUUACAUGUAAUUGUUCAUCCUGUGAAAAAGGAGUUACGUCGGGAUAAAUGCGGUUUUGAUCACACACCAGCUGAUGACUUCGUUAAAUCACAAUGGCAGAAUUGCACCAAAAGCGUUGUGUAUUUAAUUUAUCGUUGGCUUAUUGCGUUGUUCUUCACCGCCGUCGUCAUAGAUUCGAUGCUCGAAAAGGAGGAGGGUUCAUCGACAAACUUUUGGCUGUAUUUUAUUUACCUGACCAACUGGGGUGUAAUGCUUUGUAUGCUUACGAAUCUAUUGGGCGCCAUUUUGGUCACCACAUGGCAUUUUCAUCCAGAGUAUGCGGAUAACCUGUUAAAUAUGGAGUCGCUAACUAGUCCAUUCGUCAUCUACUGGGGCAUGCAUAUUAUAUCUUUAGUCCUUUCAAUAGUGAUAACCGUCAUCUAUUGGAGUGUACUCUAUGAUGCUGCUGAGAGCUCAUUAAACGCCACGAACGUGCUGACACAUGCCUGCAAUUCCAUUUUUAUGUUCAUCGAUUUGCUGAUUGUGGCGCACCCGUUGCGGCUACUGCACAUGUUUCUACCAGCGUUAUUUGGUAUCAUAUUUGCAAUAUUCUCCGUUAUAUACCAGACAUGUGGCGGCAAGAACAGAAGGGGCAAACCGUACAUUUAUCACGUGAUUGAUUGGCGUGAACCGUUAAAUGCCACGCUUGUGGUUCUUGGCGUACUCCUGCUUACCUGCUGCAUCUACUUGAUACUCUUCACCAUCUACAAGCUACGCACGCUGCUCUAUAGACGCAUAAAUAAUGCCUCAUACUACUUCCCAACAACAACGCCGCACACUGGCGGUGCCGAGAAGUCCGCAAAUGGCACUUUGCCGAAAACAGUUAAAGGCACGGGUAUCCAGCAUUCGCCUUCCGGAAUUUCUAUGGUGUUCGGUAACUUCAACACGCCCGCUGGCUAUCAUAACGAAGCGUUCACGAGUAGCACCGAGAAGUUGGAGCGGUAUUAGGCAAUUAUUGCGGGGAGCUUACAGGGAAACAAUGUGUAGUUCAAAUUAAAAUUGUAGGAUUAAUGAAUAUUAUUUGUAAAUACAUAUGUAUAGUAGUUUGCAUGCGUGUUUAAAGUGUAAUGAUUAACACCUCAUUUUUCGUGACUAAUGUACAAAAUAAGUUUAAAAACAUUUGCUGUUUCACUUGUAUCUGCAUUUAGUAAAUUUAUAUUGAAAAGUACGUUUUUCAGCAUUUUUAAGAAUAGGCGUAGCAUUAAUUAAGAAAUCUCGAACUGGUUGUGCGUAUACCUUUUAAAAAAUGUCAAAUAUAAAAUAUACAAUAUAUAAA